AUGAAUCACCAUACUGACAGAAAAUGGGUAUAUAUACAGUCCUCCCUCCGCGCCUCCAUCUCCAAACUAGAAUCCCAAAUCGCAGAGACAGAGUCCCAACUGGCAGAGACGAGGGCGAAACUUAAAUCCCCCAAUGACGCCAGCAAGACAGUCCAGAACCACAUUCGCCUGCUGCACUCGUACAAUGAAAUCAGGGACAUUGGGCAAGGCCUGCUAGGAUUGAUUGCCGAUGCGCGAGGGGUCCGUCAUAUCGACGUGCAGAGGGAGUUUGGGGUUUCUGCUGAUGAUUGA